UAAAGAUAAGAUGGAAACAACCUCAAAUGUAAUGUGGCAACAUUGCCCACUAACCUUCUUUAGAACGAAUGUCUGGUAAAUGAGUGAAACCUGGAAUCACGAUAUUGGAGUCGUUUGGAAAAGUUAUUUGAUAAAUAGAAGACAUUUCCGAUUUUAACUGUAUAUGAAGUUGAGGAAAAUCGUACAAGAAUGUUUAUUGGUGAUAUGUGUAAGAGUAUUUAUUCGGUGGGAUUUUUCAUACUUGUAGUCAAAGCUCAAGAAGAAUAUCCGUAUCCAAUACAAAAUAACCUCAUAUAUAAUAAAUUCGAAGUAGGAAUUGGUAAUAGCCUGCAAUGUUACGACUGUAAUUCCGAAUAUGAUCCACGAUGUGGCGAUCCUUUUAAUCCUUAUACAAUUGGAGUAAUCAAUUGCACCGACAGGAACACUCCAGAACAUUUAAUAGAUCCUUUUGAUCCCGAUAUCAAAUUGAAGCCAACUUUAUGUCGUAAAAUUGUUCAGAGAGUCGAAGGACGAACUAGAGUGAUACGAGGUUGCGGUUAUAUCAAGGAUUCUCACGAUGAUCGAGAAUGUUUCAGAAGAACUGGGACGAAAAACGUAGACGUCACCCAUUGUUCCUGUACCAAAUCCCUUUGUAACGCAGCAAAUUCCCUUUUACAUCCUUCGAUGAUAAUUUUUAUUUUACCGGUUUUAAAUAUUAUAUCGAAAGGAAAUUUUCGGUUUUGAUCCCAGAAUACGUUAUAUCAAUAGUUAUUUGUUAUGCCGUUAGAAAUAUAUCUUUAUCUCGCCAGUUUAAAAAAAAACAUUUAUGUCCAAAGAUUAUAAGUGACCUCUUAAGUAAGUAAACAUUAGUUUAUAUUUUAAUUAUUAUUAUUAUUACGAAAAAGCAAUUAAAAACGUACGUUGAGAGAUAAAACUAAUCAUAAAUAUUCGUUCGUAAAUAUUUAGGUUAUGCUCAGUUGCAGUGUCAAGUAGUACAUUCUGUAAUGGAAAAAAAUCGAAUGAAUUCAGCAUCGAUUUAAUUUAUUCAAAUUGAUUGAUAUAUUUUCUGUAAAAUCGGGUGUUUAACAAAUUUCGAUAAAGAUAAUUAUUAUGAUAAUUUUUUUAAUCAUCACAUUUAAAAUUAAGUUUUCGAAUUUUCGGUUUAAACUUCUCAUUAAAAGGAUCAUUACCAAUAUGGCGGUGUACUGACGUCAGAAUAUAGUAAGCUUGAGAAUAGAAUGUCACUCAAAACUUACUAAUACGAGGGUUGUACCUUAUGUAAGGUUCCCAUAUUGUUUUCAAAUAGAAAACAUUUUUUAUUGUUAUUAAUUUAUACAUCGAUAGAAAGCUUACACUGUUGUCCAUUGUUCGAGGUAUUCUCUAUUUUUUUCACAAAUUUUGAAGACGACAUUUGCAUUUUCAAGUCGAAGAAAUCUCCCGGCAUUAAAAUCUACUUAUUGUUCUUCAAAAGCUCCUGGGUUUGAUGAGAUGCGUGGGGUCUAACAUUGUGGUGAAGAGCGAAGGACACUCAUUUCCAGCGAUUCUGGAUUGCUUUCCUGAGUUUGGUCAUUGAUUCACAAUAUCUAUCUGAGAUUAUUGACAUCUCACGUUGUAUGAAAUCGGUAAGGAGUACCCCCUUUGUUUUAUUUUUUUUGUGGCAGUAAAACAGAGUGACGCAACUGACGAGAUUGUUGUUUUAUUUCGAGGAUGUAAUAAAACACCCACGUUUCUUCUCCUAUGACGAUAGCGUCCAACAACUUCUCCUUGUUAUCUACUUUUUCACAAUGCUGAAGAAACUUACACAGUUAAGGCGUGCGUCACACAUCUUUCAGUAGCCCAACAUUUUUUCAAUUGUGCCUUGGGAAUGUUCACCAAUGCGUGGAGCAGUGACCCUUUGGGUAGCUCACUGCUGAUCUAGAAAAUCGCUUUCCAAACCGGCGAAAUUUAUUAGAGAAUUUAGGACAAUCAUGUGUUCGAUACUAGAUGUUAUUACUGCGUUUUUGCGAUCUGUCAAGUGCUUUCGCUCCAGUUCAUUCCAGCUACUUACAAAAUAUUCUGUAAAGUGCUGCUGUAGUUUUGAUUUCGUUUCUAAAGCAAGAUUUUUACAAUAUUUUCUUGAAUUCCGUAUCUUGUUGUUUUUGAUGGAUAUCGAAUUUUGAAAUAUCAUAUUUUCAUUUGGUUAGGUUUGUUUUCUGAUUGUGGAGCUGAAUAAAUUAGUGUACAAUAACUGAACUUACAAAUUUGUAAUUUUUAGGUUUUUGGACAUGUUGUCCAGUGAAUGAUUUCUCGCGUUUUUGAUUUCAGACAAUAAUUGGACGAGAAAGUACUGAAUCAAAAAUUAUAAUUGCAGAUGAGGAUGUUUGCUCAAACUAUGUUGCAUCAACCAUUCAAUACUACGAACAAACAGUCUAAAAAUUCUUUCAUAUCCCAGGUUCAAAAGGCUAGUAGUUCACAUUCACCAUUUCUAAUGUAGCAAUAUUAACUUGAGGAUAAAAGAGAAAAAAAAAUGUAACGCGAAGAGAAAAACAAGAAUAUUUAGGUAACACCGCUCACCAAGAAGUAAAAAUUGAAGAAAACAGAUCUGUUUUGAGUGAAAUAUGUGUACAAAGUUCAUAAAAAAAUGCUAAAUAGCCUUCAGGUCCUUCUAGGCCGCUUGGCUGCCGGCAGAAUGUGAAUGCACUUCCCAGAGCUUCUGAUUGUUCUACAGCAUUAUAGAGUUUUAAAGAAAAAAAAAGGUCAUGCGGUAAGACUUGGGCUGAUUUUCUGAUUUCCUACCAGUUUCUGGUGUGAACACUUUCUGUGUUGGGUGUGUGACCUGGAUUCAGACUAGCUUCAAAAAGUUGGUCUACCAUUACUUCGAAGGCUUUGUCUGUGGCAAAAAAGCAAAAGAUGAAGACAACCGAUCUGCCAUUCGUGUCAUAAAUGCUUCAGGGAAGACUCAGAAGAUAACAUAGAAGAAGGUAAUGGAAAGUUAUGGAAGAUAUUGUUCGUAUUCAGCGGAUGAAACCAUUGUACAACUGUUUUAGAACUCUUAGAAGAAAAAUUUGAGCUUCAUGAAGCAUUGAAGCAUUCUUUGAAAAGAACUGGACAAAGUACCACUAGGUAAUAUAACACUCGAUAAGUUCAAUAAAAUAAUUUCGUUUGAAUAAACUAAACAAAAAGCAACCAAUAUAGCCUCUAGGUGAAAAGUACACCUGACAAUUGACUGAAAUCUAAAAACGGCCUACCAGCGAACGUUUAACACGUUCCCGAUCAUACAGAACAAAUAUGGUUAUCAAUAACCUUUCCCUUGAUUCUUUAUUUAGUUGUUUGCCAAUUCUUAUAUCAAAUAUAAUAAGAUGUCCAAUAACUUUUAUAUUCUACUUCAAAUUUACGUUUUUUUAAUGAUCUAUGUAUAAGAAUCAAAAAAAUGUUCGUUCUUUUCUAUUUCUUGUAAUAUAGAUGCCAUGUUUAUGGGAUUUUAAAAAAUUUUCUACAAAUUAUUAAAUGAACAUUCAUAGUCUUGUCCAAUAAUUGUAUUAUGUAUUUUUAGCACUGCUGCUAACGUUUUUCAAUGCUUUUUCUAUGUAAACGCUAUAGGUAUGAAAUUUGUUCAAAUAAAUGUGUUCUCGAAAAAUAAACUGCAUAAUUUUAUAAUUAAAUAUAUAAAUAUAAAAAAAGAGCUUAUUUAAUAUUAAGUAACAUGAAUGAUAGAUUCAAAUUAAAACCAAAAAAAUCUAAUUUAAAAAUUUAAUACAAAUUUCUAUUAUAUCAAGUAUGUAUGUUAGGAUCUGUUCUAUUUCGUAUGCUCUCAGAUGUAGUGUUCUGGAGUUUUGAAUGUGGAUGGAAAUUUCAUCCUCUAAGCAACAGAAACAGCGUCGUUAGGUGUCCAUUGAUUUAACAAUGUCCCGACAAGACUCCUAUCAGUAUUCGUAGGCUAUUAUCUAGGUUGAUACAUGCAGAUCUUUUCUGGUUAUAGCUUUCCAGAAGUGUCUUCGCCAGUCUCAAUCCCUAGUAACUGGUUCUACUCCUAUUCACCUUAUUUUUCCAUGUUUUCUCUGUUAUUUUGUCGUCUGUUCGUUUGCCAAUCCAGUGCAUGGUAUCUUUAUUUUCUUUGCCUAACUCGUUUAACCUGUUCUGGCAUUCCAAAUCAGUUUGGAUUUUACUAUAAUAGAGCUUAAAGCUCGAAUGGCUGUUGGGCUGUCUAGAUAGAACUGGACACAUCAAUUCUGUUUGAAAAAUGCAUGCGGUAUUGACCAAACUUUCAGAGUGUUUGGUUCUAGAUAAGUUGACCCCGUUAUUUUGGAGCCCUUCGUUAAUCAUUUGAUGGCAUUUCUGUUCAUUCCUUUUAUACUGUUUUCGUAUUUUCCGUCUUGAAUCAUGUUCUAGAUCUGGUCAUGCUAUGAAGAUGGUUUUUUUCGUCACGCUUUCCAAUAUUAUGUGUAAAGGUUGGAGAUUGAGAAUCACUUAUAGUGAAGCUGCUGGGUUCUAUGUCUUAGCCUCGGUUAAAUAUUUGCAAGUCAAUAUUUGUAAAAGAUUAUUUUUCGUGGUGUUCAGACUAGUUCUGGUACCUCAAACAACGGCCCAUACGUGACGAUUGGUCUCACGAGUGCUGUGUACAUCCACAGUAAAAUCUGGUUAUAGAUAUAUUUUUUUCAUGUUUGUUUCAGAGGAAUUUACUAUGAAUUUGCUUAUGAAUUGAUUUGAAACUAUCAUUUUUAUAUCACUGUUGAAAACAUAGGUUAAUAUUAAUGUUAAACUUUUAAAUCUAACUAUUUGUAAUUACUUGAGUUUUCAGGACCGAUCUCUGCGAAUAUCUAGCUCCAAAAGUUAAAGCUAUUAGCGAUAAAAGACAAACCAGAAGUUUCUACUAGUUUGAAAAUAAAUGCCAAAUGUUAUUGGUAGGUCGACGAAUUUUUAUACCAAACUCAUACCAAAAAGGUCAUUGUUGUUGUUUUUCAAAAGCAUGAAUUACCUUUCAAAUGAUGUGUAACUCAAGUUGAUGUGAGGAUGCACUUUUAGAAAGACUUUGUACCUCUUUGUACUGUUUCCAAAAUAGGUUGAAAGCUUUUAUUUGUAGCUGUUGAGCACUACUCCCUUGAGGUACCUAUGCAUUUUGAUCCAAUGGGCAGGACAUUAGCAAAGUAGAUGCUCUGCUAUCUCUAUGGCUCAGAAUCUGUAGUUGACGUUGUCUGGCGUACCUUUAGUCUUAAGGUGGUUUUUAAGUAGUCACCUCUCAAAAGAUCAACAACCAGUUUAACUGGGCAUCACGAGAAGUUCCUCAGACUUCGUAGAUAAUGAGGUUAUGAAUUUUUUGUAUUAUCUUAGGUCUGACGUGUUUCUCUAGUAAUAUUCUAAAAAGGAGGCUCAAAUAUAAACAGUGACAAAAACUAAUUUAAGACAAAUUUAGUCCCCAGUCGUAACCAAAUAUCUGGAACAUGAGAUAUGAAUGAGAAAAGAUAAUCACACCUGUAGACUUAACAGAAGGUUAGGUCUGACUUAGGCUGUAUUUGGUAAGCUGAGACAUGUAUCCAAGUCAGACAUGUAUACCAAUAUAUCUCAAACGAAAGUUGUUUGACUAAUGCUUGAUCUCAAUAUUGACUUGAAGCCAUGAAGAGGCCCAUGCUAGUAGUUUUCGAAUGCAAUUGAAAGAGUCACUCAACUGGGCUCGCCAUGUCGCAGGAUUGUCUGCUAAUAGAUGGACGAAGAGAAUACUAAAAUAGUGUCCCAGGAAUGAAGUAUACAGAAACAAAGGACGACCGCCGACGCGAUAGACGGACGAUUUGCAAAGGAUAUCUUCCAACUGGCUCUACGACGCUUAACACUUGGCAGAAUGGCUUAGGUUUAGAGAAGCUUAUAUCCAGCAAUAGUCAUUGAUGUGACAUCUCAUGAAGCUACAGGUUUGGUACAAACUAUCGAGUCAUUGCCUCAGGACUAUAGUGGAAAAAACAAGAGUAGAUCGAAUCAGUAACAGUGUGGGGUGCAAGACAUCGUAAGAUGGGGGAGACAAAGAAAAAGAUACUGGUACGCCCCCCACGUGAGAAGAAUGGAAGAGAGUAGACUGUCACGCAUCGUACUUGACGGAAAAUCAAUAGGGAAAAGAAAACUCGGACGACCACCUAAGAGAUGGAUGGACAGCUGACAGUCCAUCUCCCAGGAACUGAUACAGAAAAACCUGAAAAACUAACAAAUCUUGAGAUCUUAAAAAUGAAUAAGAAGAAGCCUCUUAUACAGUAGAGCGUUGGGUUUUUGGUACGAACAUUCCUCCUCGUUUCAUAUUUUGUAUAUGUGACCUAGAAUCAGGCUGGCUGACUGGAAAACCCCUUUUUCGCCAAGUGAUUUGUAGGGUUUGAAACUCUCAACCUCCCACUUGAUUCUGUUUAUUAAAAAUAUUUCUUUAGUGUAUUUCUAGUAUCUUUUAUGCUUUUUGAUCCUAGUAAUUGAGUCUUUAGAACCAUCUUUCUUGCUAAUCGCUGCAAUAUUUUCCGUUGAGCUUUUGAUUUAGUCAAAUUCCUUUUGGAUAGGUUUUGGAAACGUUGAGUGGUUCCUAACUCAUAUAUUCCCUUGCAGAAUUGUUUACAAGUUCUUCUCUGAGAUUUUCCGAGCUCCUUGGUACAGUUUACUAGGGCUGAUCUAUAAUUGGACCAGUACCGUUGUUAAAUUGUAUGUCACCAAAAAUUCUCAAGCGGUUCAAUUCCCUGUUCUACCAAGGUACGUCUCUAUGAAUUGCCUCAGAUGUUCAGGUAAAAAUUUUGUAUGAAAUUUCGUUUCUUUCCUAAUAAAAUCUGACGAGAAAUGAAGAGUCACUUGAUUGUGAAUGUUUGUGUAAACCUCUCACUAUCUUUCUCGUAUACGCUUAUUGCCACUAUCUGUAAUAUCUCUAUGGCUUUAUAAAAUUUCAAAUGACGUUCCAUUUCUUUGUUUUUUUAUGAGGCUCAAGGGUCACACCUUUAUUAUUAUAUAUAGAAAAAUGUUUUAUUUAUAAAUUUAUUUGAUAAAUAAAAACUGUAUUGUAACAGCACACGCUAAAAUUACCGGCAACGAUAACCUCGUGAUCAUCAAGCAGACAACUGUUCAAUGAGAAUCGUUUUCUUAUGUCGUUAAAAAUAAUUAUGAAGUUUGAACGUACUAUAAAUAUGAUGUUUUAUGGGGUUCACACUAAACUAGAAACAGUCAAGUUUAAAUAUUCAAAUAAUGAGAUAAAACUAACUCUUAGAUUUAAUACAGCUCAGUUAAGAGCUUUUUUUACAUAUCAUUAUCUUUUGGAGGGACGUUGAUCGGUUCUUGUUUUGUAGAAUGUGUCGAAAUUCAGAUAAAAUCAAUGAAAGAAAUCAGUCGGAAUAUUUGUGGAAAUAAAUUUUGUAGAAAAUCAAA